UUCUGCCUCUCCCCCCCAUGUACUGUGCUGUCUAGAGCUUGUUUUUCCCCCCACCCUAUUAUUUUUUUUUUUUUGGUGCUUUAUCGCUGUUAUUGUUAUUAUCUUAAUUUUUCUUCUUCAUGAUGUGCUGUUAGAAACCACUCCGGGACUACUCCAGCAGUAGGAAGACCGAGGAGUGGAGUAGAUGAAUAUACCGAUGAGAGAUCCAGUAAUCCCUGGGACAAGCAUGGCUUAUCAUCCUUUUUUACCUCACCGGGCACCGGACUUUGCCAUGAGCGCUGUGUUGGGACACCAGCCUCCCUUCUUCCCGGCCCUGGCUUUGCCUCCCAACGGGGCAGCUGCCCUUUCCCUUCCCGGGGCUCUGGCUAAACCCAUCAUGGAUCAAUUAGUGGGGGCUGCAGAGACUGGUAUCCCCUUUUCUUCCCUGGGUCACCAGGCAGCAGCUCAUCUGAGGCCUUUAAAAACUUUGGAGCCAGAAGAAGAGGUGGAAGAUGAUCCGAAAGUGCAUCUGGAAGCCAAAGAGCUUUGGGAGCAAUUCCAUAAAAGAGGCACGGAGAUGGUGAUUACCAAAUCGGGAAGGAGAAUGUUUCCUCCAUUUAAAGUGAGGUGCACUGGACUGGAUAAAAAGGCCAAGUACAUUUUAUUGAUGGAUAUCGUGGCGGCUGAUGAUUGUAGGUACAAAUUCCAUAAUUCCCGGUGGAUGGUAGCCGGGAAAGCUGACCCUGAAAUGCCAAAGAGAAUGUACAUCCACCCGGACAGCCCGGCCACCGGCGAACAAUGGAUGUCCAAAGUCGUCACCUUUCACAAGCUGAAGCUCACUAACAACAUCUCUGACAAGCACGGAUUUACCAUUUUAAACUCCAUGCACAAGUACCAGCCCCGCUUCCACAUCGUCCGAGCCAACGAUAUUCUCAAGCUUCCCUACAGCACGUUCAGGACCUACGUUUUCCCGGAGACUGAAUUCAUCGCAGUGACCGCAUACCAGAAUGAUAAGAUCACCCAGUUAAAAAUUGACAACAACCCCUUUGCCAAAGGUUUUCGGGACACCGGGAAUGGAAGGAGGGAAAAAAGGAAGCAGCUGACCUUGCAGUCCAUGCGGGUGUACGACGAGAGGCAGAAGAAGGAAAACCCCACCUCGGACGAGUCCUCCAACGAGCAGACGGCCUUCAAGUGCUUUGCCCAGUCCUCCUGCCCCGCCGUGCCUGCUGUGGGCACCUCGAGCCUCAAAGAGGGGGGUGACCGGGGGGGGUGCCGGGGUCCGCUGGCCCAGCAGGCCUGUGCCCGCAGGAAGCAGCUGACCUUGCAGUCCAUGCGGGUGUACGACGAGAGGCAGAAGAAGGAAAACCCCACCUCGGACGAGUCCUCCAACGAGCAGACGGCCUUCAAGUGCUUUGCCCAGUCCUCCUGCCCCGCCGUGCCUGCUGUGGGCACCUCGAGCCUCAAAGCCCUCUCCCCCGGCUCCGUUUCCCUCUCCCCUAAACUGGGCGCGGAGAAAGAAGCGGCCACCAGUGAACUGCAAAACAUCCAGCGCCUGGUCAGUGGGCUCGACCCCAAGCAGGACAGAUCCCGCAGCGGUUCCCCAUGA